AUGCCCGACUCCGCGCCAGUCGACCGAGAUGGCCAGCAGACAUUCCGCGAUGAGCCUCGAGAAGUCCCUUCCGACCAAGAGUCGACCCUAAGCGGCUAUGUCGAAGACGAUGACACAUACGAUUCCGAUGCCUCGUACUACCUCAACCGACGUCGCGACCGCCGCAAGAAGCAUGCCGUUAGAUUAAUCGCCUUUAUGACGGCCAACAUGAUGGCCCUCUGCGCUGGCUCCAGCAUGGUCUUCUCCAUGUAUGCGCCGCUCUUCCAGUCCCGACUACACUACAGCCAGCUCCAGGUGAAUGGUGCUGCCAGUGCCUGCUCCAUCGCACUGUACAUGCCCAUUUCUGUCCUGGGAUACGUAUGCGACCGCUACGGCGCACGACCUCUUGCCCUCGUCUCCGCCAUCCUAUUCGCCUUCGGCUACGGUCUCGCCGCCGGCAUCUACAGAAAGCUCGACCUCGAAUACAACUCUGUGGGCAAGCCCCGAGGCGCCAGCGAUGGGUCGUAUCCCUUCAUGGUGUUUGCCUUUGUGUGCAUUGGCGCAGCUACCUGUGCUGGAUACAUCUCAUCGGUGUCGACGGUGGCCAAGAAUUUCGGCAAGGGCAAGUACCGUGGCCUGGCGCUGGCGAUGCCCAUUACGUGCUUUGGCCUGAGUGGCAUGUGGUUGAGCCAAGCAGGCACCAACGUCUUCUAUGAGCGACGCCCUGACGGCUCGCACGGCGAUGUGGACGUCUUUCGGUUCUUCAUCUUCUUGGCCGUGCUGUUGUUCGUCAUGGGCAUUAUCUGCAGCUUUACCCUGCGUGUGGUGGACGAGCAGGACCUCAUUGAAGAGGCCAUCGAAGAGCUUGAGAACAGCGGCCUGCUGAACGGCAGCUCUUUCUUGAGCCGGUCUCAGAGCUACGGUGGUGUGGCCUCCGCGGAGCCUAAUGAGGAUGCAGAUCCGUUUGAUUCCGCAAAGGACGACGUAACGUGGAAGAAGAACUGGGUUCUUAAUGCCGAGACUCGCGCCUUUCUAUCGGACCACACCAUGUACAUAUUCGCUUUGGCUUUCCUCCUGGUGAUUGGGCCUGGCGAGGCGUUCGUCAACACUCUGGGAAGUGUUUUGGGCACUCUCACUCCUCCACAUACAAUCAGCGUGUCGAGCCCGACCUCGGCCGCGACACAUGUGUCUAUCUUCGGUGUUACGAGUACCAUCGCCCGCCUUCUCAUCGGUACCCUCACCGACCUCCUCGCUCCUCAGCCACACACCCAGCAUGCCCAGGUUGGUGCUGUGCGUCCUUCCUCGCCACUGGGUCGCCUUUCCGUCUCCCGUGUUGCCUUUUACAUCUUCUUUGCCGGCCUCCUUGCCUCUGGUCUACUGGUUCUUGCAUCCGGUGUCGUUCAGAGCCAUGCCGAGCGGUUCUGGAUCGUCUCUGGCCUUAUUGGUGCUGGCUAUGGAGCCAUCUUCAGCCUGACCCCCUUGAUUGUGACGAUCAUCUGGGGAGUGGAGAAUUUUGCUACCAAUUUUGGCGUCAUCGCCACUAUGCCUGCCAUCGGGUCGGUAUUCUGGGGCUUCAUCUACUCGACAGUGUAUCAAUCCGGGGCCCGAGAGACGCAGAAUGCCCCUGGCAGCCAGGAUGGCGGCGACGACGAUGUUUUCUGUUACGGAAAGCAGUGCUAUGCACCGACAUUCUGGGCCGAGGUCAUCAGCUGCCUGGCAGCCUGCGUCUUAUUACUGGUGGCCUGGAAGGGCAAGGGUGGAUGGCAGCAGCGUGGCAUUGUCAUCUGA